AUGCCAGGUUUGACCUCAGUUGGUGCCACGAUGGCUCUGUGUUUCAACGAUGCGUUUAGAAACCAGAAUUCCCAGCUAGGGCCUGCAACUGUCGAUUUCCUCAUACGGGCUCACAACUACGUGGAUGAGGUUGGGUUGGCUUCUGCUCUUGGCCAAUCGAUGCAUCAGUUGCCCCCGCGAGAUAAAGCUAUUCAAAUGAUCGAAGAAUACCUAAAGAAUAUUAACAGCUUCUAUCCUAUUACUGAUAAAGAAUCGUUGUUGAAGCUGACUGAGAGGUUGUACGGACCAGACCGAGGACACGUGGGCUCCUUGGAUCAUUCCUUUUUCUACUUGGUUGUGUCGUUGGGUGCCCUAAGUGUAGGCCACAAAUAUCAAUCGAGUGACGCGCUUGAUGAUCUCUAUGAAAUCAUGUUUCAGAGAGCUUGGUCCAUGAUACAUGACUGCAUUGCAUCUCCUUGCGAGACUUCUCUUCAAAUCUUAUUACUUUAUGUUGUACAUCAUAUGUAUAUGAUCAAGGACGGCAUAGCUUGGGUCCUUUGUGGGUUUGCCAUGCGAAUUGCCCAAUCAAUCGGGCUACACAGGGAAUUCCCAGAAGAUAUGGAUUUACCUGAGCAUCAAAUCCGCUUAAGGUCCCGGUUAUGGACGAUUGUGUUCAGCGUCGACGCUAAACUGUCUUUGUCACAAGGGCGAUCUCCUGGACUAGAAGAAGGCGCAACCGACAAAAGCAUUACCCCAGCCAAAGUACGCGUGGAGCUGGAGAGCGCACCCUUCCCAGAUGCCUCAACAAUCAACUGCUGGACUUAUACGCUCAGCAAGAUCCAAAAUCGCUUCUGCAACAUUAUGCAUUCCAAGAACCACACCGUUUCCAGGCUCAAGGCAAUCGCCAAGGUGGAUGAAGACCUGACGGCUUGGAGAGAUGCAAUACCAGCCACCUGUCGGCCGAAUCAACCAAUUUUGGUUCCGCCAGAAAGUUACACCAAAGUUCUGCUUUUACACCUCGACUAUAUGAACCUUUCGCGGUCAGUCCAUUGGGCAGUCGCAACGUUGACAGCCACGCAGGCUGGUGAAUUACCCAACCUCGGCCUCCGUAUCAAAGCGUGCGAGACAUUGUGUCUUGAUGCUGCGCGCUCCUUCAUUAGAGCGUUGAAUGACAGUGCCAGCUGUCUCGGAGACAGGAACGUCUUUAUAUUUAGCGUUCAACUCAAUAAUUACAUAGCAGCAAUCUCAGUGCUCUACCGAUCCAUCUGUCACAGUCCGUCCAGCAUGACAGCACGAGCAGACCUUGAGUACUUACGAACCGGCAAGCUUCAUAUGGAACUUGAUAUGCCCAGAAUUCACAAGACAUAUGCUUCGAACUCCGUAAAGACACUUUUGAACGAUAUCCUUGCGUCUGCUGAGAAUCUUGUUCGCGAUAAUGGUAAUUAG